UUUCCAAAACCAGAAGCAUUGAACAAAAAAUGGCGGGAAAUCUCGGAAGAUCGGAGAGAAUCGACAUCAUGAGGAAAAUCAGAGAGCUAACAAGAUCUAUGAUCGUUGAACUGAGUAAUGGAAGCUCCAAGAUGAUCGCUAUCGAUCGGUUUAAAAAUUACUGCAUUAAUUCCAUUGAAAACUGUUGCUGCAGGUUCAAUUUAUCUGAAGGGAAGGAGAUUCUAACGCUUCAAAGGGAAAGCCAUGUCCGUAGACUAGAUGUCUUGCUUAGAGUUCUACUCAUUAUUCAGCAGCUUCUGCGAGAAAAUAGACAUAGCUCAAAGAGAGAUAUAUAUUAUAUGCAUCCCUCUGUCUUUACAGAUCAGUCUGUUGUUGACCGGGCAAUCAACGACAUCUGCAUUCUUUUGCAAUGUAGCCGGCAUAAUCUAAAUGUGGUUUCUGUUGGUAAUGGGUUGGUGAUGGGUUGGUUGAGGUUCGCAGAAGCUGGUAGGAGAUCUGAUUGCAUAAAGAAGCCUAACAGUGCCCACUCCAUUCCUGUUCAAGUUGAAGAAGUCACAGAUAUUGCUAGUCCUGCGAAUUACAUACUCGUUGUUGAGAAAGAAUCAGUUUUUCAGCGUCUAGCAAAUGACCAUUUCUGCAGCAGAAACCGGUGCAUUGUAAUCUCGGGACGUGGAUAUCCAGAUGUUCCUACUAGAAGGUUUCUGCGGCUUCUCGUUGAUGUCUUGGCAUUGCCUGCAUUUUGUUUGGUAGAUUGUGAUCCAUAUGGGUUUGACAUUCUGACAACAUAUCGAUUCGGUUCUAUGCAAAUGGCCUACGAUGCGAAGUAUCUCAGAAUCCCACAACUACACUGGCUUGGAGCUUUUGCUUCAGAUUCUGACACAUACAAUCUACCACAACAAUGUCUCAUCCCAUUAACUUUGGAAGACAAGAGGAGAACUGAAGCCCUGUUACUAAGAUGUUACUUGCGGAGGGAGGUACCACAUUGGAGGUUGGAAUUGGAGUCAAUGCUGCAAAGGGGUGUAAAAUUUGAGAUAGAAGCACUGUCUGUACACAAUAUUUCCUUUUUGUCAGAGGAGUAUUUACCAUCCAAAAUAGAAAGUGAACUAACAAAGGGUAAAUAAAUUCUAGGUGAUUGCUCAACCUAUACAAGCUAUUAACAUUAGAAGCUUUACCCAGUGUAGUAGUUACCCACAUCAUGGAUCUUUCAAACAAAUGGGUUUGGUUGUUGGUUUAAGCCAAGAUUGACUCAUCUUUUAAGUUUUUUCUUUUACUUCAAUACGUAGGUUUCACGGUCCAAAUAUAUAUUUGAGUUAGGCCUAGGACU